GGACACGACACGGUCCCCAGCCCUUCCCACACUCUCCCGGGACUGGGGUCAACGCCACUGGUACAACUGGGUGUAUUGGGAAGGGGGGGGGUGUCCCCCAAACCUCUCCUUGGAUUUGGGGGGCUGCUCCCGGCCUCGGGGUGCCACCCACGCCUUUUCUCCCCCGCAGGACCCCCCCACACACCAUGUUGUCCCGGAGUUGCUGGGCUUUGCUGUUUCUCUGUGUUACUGCUGGGUUUUUUGGGUGGCUGGGCCUCGGCACCCCCCCAGAGGAGUUGGGGACCCCCCCGGAGCUGGGGAUCCCCCCACACAUCCCCUUCGAGAUGACCACGGGUGACGACCGGUUCCAGGCUGAAGCCACGAGCCGGGGCCUGACGCAUCUGGACUCCUGCCACUGUCAGGUCAUGGUGCGGCUCCGCUCGUCCUGUGCCGACCUGAAUGAGGAGGAGGAGGAGGAGGACGCGGCCAAGCUGGGGGUGGACUUGGUCAACAGCCCGGCCAGCGCCGAGGGUCACCGGACAUACCCCUGCAUGCCAGACAAGGAGGGGCAGGAGGAACGGCCGGCAGGGUGGCUGCGGCAGAGACUGGAGACCCCCAUCCACCCCAGCCUGCAACGGCCGGCACUGGACAAGACCAUCAUCACCGGCGGGCAGUACUGGGUGGCCCAGCUCAUGGAGGACAUCACCCAGCGGAUGGGGAACGUGAGCAGCCGGGGGGCCGCGGGGCUCCGGGAAGGGCACCGGGUUGUCCUGUCUGACAUCCACCACACACAUGAAAAAGAUCAGGACGUCUAUUCCCAACUAGAGAGCGACCUGGCCCUUCUCCUGGCCCAGCAGCGCCGGGUGGAGGAGGUGAUGGAGAAGCUGCGGCAGGUCAACCAGAGCCUGGGGCUGAUGCUGGCGACCAUGGAGGAUGCACGGAGCCAGCUGGAGAACCACCUGCAGCACUUCCACGCCAUCCUCAACCCAGCCGGUGAGCUGGGGAUGGGUGCUGGAGGGUGGAUGGGUGCCGGCGGGUGCCAACGCCAGGCUCUUGCUCCCUGUCCCGCAGGUUGGAGCCCAAGUGCCAUCUCCACCUGCAUCCUACACGGCUCCUACUUUGUGCUGCUGGUCGCACUACUGGUGCCCAUGCUGCCCCGUGCCAUCCUCCUCCUCUUCUUCCUCGCCUCCAGCGCCCUCAGCGAGCUCCUCGGCAUCCCGGCACUCUCCGCUCUCCUGGCCCUUGCCGUGGCAGCGCAGUGGCUGGUGGCGGCCGGCCGCCACGGUGCUGGGGGAGCCUGGCUGGUGCUUCCGCGCAAGGACCCCCAUUACCGGCUCACCUCCACCCCAGAUAGGGAGCACGAAAUGGAGCUGUUGCAGGAGGAGCUGGAGAGGAUGGAGAUGAGCUGUCUGCAAGAUCCCUCGUGCCUGGAGCAGCCCCCAGGGAUGGCAGGGGACACCCCUUGCUUAGCGGGGUGGGUGUCACCCGUCCGCGGUGCCUGGAGGACAAAGCUGAGCUCGUGUGGGGUGAUGCUGGAGCCGGCCCCAGGCACUGGGAAGCGCUGGGAGCCCAAACCCUGCAGCGUGAGCCAGUCUCCGGCCAGCAACUUGUCCUUGCUGUCCCCACGGUCCCCAUGCCAGGGGCUCACCAAGGCUGGGCAGCGAUGCCGGAAGAAAGCCAUCCCCGGGCAGGACUUCUGCCAUGUCCACAGCACCGGUUGAGCUUCGUGCAGCAGCCUGGCCAUGGACUCAUCCCCCCAUGUUUGACCCUCUACCCCCUCCCACAGGAGUUUUAAACCCUUUUUUUGGCUCUUCCAGAUCCUGGUGGAGAACACAUAGUGGUGCUCAGGACCCUAAGGGUGCUAUUCAAUGUGGGUAUGGGACCGUGCUGCAGGGCAGAUGAUCCUCACCCCACCAGUUUU